AUGAAUAGAGGUGGAACCGAGCGACAGCCAACUUUUGGUGGGCAUAGAGCUGCUGACAGCUUUGGUGAUCCCGCCGCAUUACCUGCUCUUGUCCCGGACAAAACGGAAGAAGCGUGGGCGGUGGCGGCUUGGAGGGCAUGGUGGACCCAGGAUACAGGUUUGCUUCACUGGCAAGUGAACAACCUUUCGGCACCAGAAUCGUUUAGAUGCGAUAAGGAACAUCGAAAACCAAACGUCGAAAAUCUAUUGACUCGCCAGCGAGGGCCCUCCUGGCCGACAGAUCGCCCGGUAAUCGACACCAAGUCCGAGGGUCAGCCUACAGUCACGACCCGAGAGCAGUGGGCGAAUUGCCUACUCACGUACGGUACCGCAGAGGGUCAACAAGAUACUCACGGGGAGUGUCCAUCGUCGGUUGUCAACUUCAACACAGCGGCAGGUAUUGCUGUGGUGGUCCGAGAGAAGACACGAUUCCCGCCAAAUCGCAUGUCAUCAUUGUGGUACACAACCGCACGUUUUGAGGAGCUGUACGAAGAGAAGGCCCAGGAGGUACGAAAGAUGUCCGAAUUUAGGGAUGUACUGUUCCCGUCAUGGACAUCGUGGCUGAACAUCGCUCAAGAUGUCGGAACGCAUCUUUCCAGACCAGUAUACCUCAGUGAUUCAUACCUCAUCAAUUUCGCUGGCGAGCUAGCGUCCGCUUCUCUAAUCGUCGUGCGGUACCCGGAGAAGUAUCGCAAACUGGUGGAUCAAAUAUAUGAGGAUGGGUUAGACGCAAGAUGGACGUUUGGAUGGUCCGGGCUGCUGGCGUGUUUCACGCAGUUAUGGACAAAGGAACGAAUUCACAUUGCGAUGCUAAACGGGCUCUCGCUGCUGGCACUGAACAGUGGACAAGAGGUGGAACACAUCGACCCGAACGUCCGAUCGAUGCUGUACGGAUAUGCAGCGUUUGCGGUGUCCACGCGAGCGGUGGGGAAGCGGAUUGCGGAGGAUCGCAAGGUGGAGUUGCUGCGGCGGUACACAACGGAAAGCGGGAAGACAUGUCGAGGAUCGGGGGUAUGCGCGACCAGACUGGCUUGUAGCAUCCUGAAAAUUCCUGCCGAGGCAUCGCACAUGGACGGGUUACCCGCUUUUGCGACGGGAUGGGCGAGUGAAUAUAUGGAGUUUAAGCCCGGGAAUCAAAAACCGGAGCAUGGCGAGAGCCAUGAUGAUGUGGAAAUGAAGCACGGGUCGAGCAAUGCAUGGAGAUAUCCACACUCGCACAUAUAA